UUGUUAAUCUGUGUGUUUGUGAUGUCGCAAAAUAUAUAGAUACUGAACAUAUUAAUGAAUUGUUUACUGGCACAUUUUUCUGGUUGUGUUCAAGCACUCACAGGAAAAGAUCACGGUCUGAUUUAAACAGGGAACCUUCACAGUGGCACUACAAGACUUGGCUCAAGGACGUGUUGCACGCGGGCCAACUGCGCUGUCAGUCAAGCCCCGUGCCGCGGUGUGAUUGGCUGCCGCAGCCCCCCCGGUCCCCGCCCCCCGUCGGCCGCCAGCAGCGUUGAAAUGACACCGUGGGAAAGACGAGCGCUACAAACGCAGGCGCUCGGGGCAAACGUGGACAGACGCACGUCUGGUACUAGACACAGCAGCACCCGCGCAGCACUGUGAAGGACUAUCGACGACGAUUCAGACAUGAAGAGGAACCACGACUUCAGCUCCUCGGACAGCGAGCUGGACGAGACCAUCGAGGUGGAGAAGGAGAGCGCGGAUGAGAAUGGGAACAUGAGCUCCCCCCUCGGCUCCAUAUCUCCCACCACAUCAACUCAGGUGCAGGCGAGGAAGAGGCGUCGAGGAAUAAUUGAGAAACGGCGCCGCGACAGGAUCAACAACAGUCUCAGUGAGCUCCGCCGGCUGGUGCCCAGCGCCUUUGAGAAACAGGGCUCAGCCAAACUGGAGAAAGCCGAGAUCCUGCAGAUGACCGUUGACCAUCUGAAGAUGCUCCAUGCAGCCGGAGGCAAAGGCUACUUCGACGCCCACGCUCUGGCGAUGGACUACCGCGGUCUGGGUUUCAGGGAGUGCCUGGCUGAGACGGCCCGCUACCUGAGUAUCAUCGAGGGCCUGGACAGCACAGACCCCCUGCGGAUCCGUCUGGUCUCCCACCUGAACAACUACGCCAGCCAGAGAGAGGCCCACUCUGGCCUGAGUCACCUGGCGUGGGGCUCUGCGUUCGGAUCCCCUCCUGCCCACCUGGCCCACCCCCUCCUCCUCCAGCACCAACAGGGGGCACCUUUGGCACCUCUACCGCGCAGCGCCACCAGCAGCCCACAGACCCCUCUGUCGUCGUCAUCCAAUUCAUCCGCCUCAUCCGCCUCUUCGCCCUCGUCGUCCUCGUCGGUCGCAGAGACUCACGCUUCGGGCAGGCGCAGCAGCAGCAGCGCCACCCCGCACUCGGAUCAAGGCCCGAUCAGGGUCCCCCCAACCACCGCCACUCCCACCACCGUCCUGCACCCGGCCUUGGUCCCCUCAUCAGCUUCAAAGCUCUCCCCUCCCCUCCUCUCCUCCCUCUCCUCCCUCUCGGCGUUCCCCUUCCCCUUCAGCGCCUUCCCCCUCAUCUCCCACACCACUGCCAUCAGCCCCCCAGCCCCAACGUCCAGCGUUGGAAAGCCCUACAGACCCUGGGGUAUGGAGAUAGGAGCUUUCUGACUGAAGUGAACAUCUCUACGUAUAGACUCUACUCACUACCCAUUUGAGCUGGACCUUUCAAGGACAAGACUUUUUUAUUUUCUCUGUUAAGAAAGUACUAUUUUUUCUAUGGUGUCAUCCCACAGAGGAUAUAUACAUAGCUGUAGGAUUUUUACUUUCUUGCUAAUGCAUUGUGUUUUGUAUAGAAGAAAACGCAGAGGGAAGGGAGACCACGGCUAAAGAGCAACACGAGUGAUUUAUCGUGUUGACUGAUCUGUGCUGCUGCCCACCCAAUUUAGAAGUUACACCCACUGCCGUCAGCCAAUCAGGAACGGCUUUUCCAGAUGGUCAAGCAGUUGCCGUCCGUCAAAGUUCCUGGGUGAAACUAUCCACCCCCCCCCCCCCCCCUUUGUUUUACCCACUGAGCGGAAAACACCCAGUGUCGAUGCCCUGGUUACGCGGAGAGGGUGGUGUGAAAGGAGAGUUUGAGGUAGUUUGAUGGUCGACCCCCUUUUGUACUGUAUUUUAUGGGGCGGAAUAACCGAAACCAGGUGUUUGUUUGACUAAACACUGGGAACAGAAGUCAGCUACCAGCUUGGUUGAAAUAAACUUGGGCAUGAUUUACCCACGACCUCUGAUGCUCCGAUGGGGCUCUAUUGUUUUAACGCUAUACUUCCUCACGUUGUGGUUCCUCUCUACAGUAAAUUCUAUCCUUAACAAUCACAGCUUCACAUAUGUUUUACCAGUUUUAACCAGCUUGUCCUGUUGUUGUUUUUCUCAUGUAAAUGAUGUUAGGGUGAUUUCUUUAUCACCUCGUCUCUUGUACUUGCUCAACAUAGCCGCAUCGUCAAUCAGUAUUUACCAAGAGGGAGCGUGAAAAAGGCCUUACACUUUUUUUUUGUCACUAUUGUCUUAAAGGCAUUUAGAAAUUAUAGUCUGUCAUUGCCCCCCAGAUAUGUGUCCUGAUAAACCUCACUGUGAGAUUGUAUAUUUUAUGGUUGUACAAAACACAAGCGAGCACUGACAAAUAAGAUUUUCAGCUGUUUUUCAAAGUUGUUGUUAGUGCAAUGACGACUUCCCUGUAAUAAAAGAAUUCUGAAACAUCA